AACGUGGGCGUGCAGACGUCGCCGGCUAUGCGGAGCUGCCAACCGCGCACAGAGACCCCACAGGCAGACGUCUCCUCCAACCUCUCAGAGAACAGAGUGAGCAUGCCAGCCAACGGGCACGUCCCUAAUGAGAGGGAUACAGAGGCGGAGGGCGAGAAAGGACCGAGAAAGAGUGUUUUUGUUAAAGGGAGGAGGCUGGGGAGAAAGAUAAAGAAGGGGGUGACGUUUCAGGGUCUGGAUAACGAACUCGCUGAGGAUGCGUGUGAAGCCAUCAAAGGCCACCACUGCACUCGGACGAUCAAAACGCACUCUCACCCGCAAGAGGGCGUGGCCAACGGCAAGCUGCAAGGGAGGAAGGAUAGCCGCUUCACCAACGGAAGCGUGGUGGACUCUGAGCUUAUUGGUGGGAUCAGCAGUGAUGUCAGCGAGGGGGAGGAGUCAGCCCAGGGGCAGGAUCAAUGCCACCCCAAGCCUGCAGUGCAAUCCGGGAAGAAGAGCAUCCCUCCAUGCUCCCCACCCCGCAGACCCCCGAUGAGAAUCUGCCGAACUUGCGGAGGCAGGAAGAACCCGGUAGCUGCAGUCCUUUACACGGCCACCAGGGGCACGAAUUCGCCUACCUCCGCCUGCACUAAGGGUCUCAGAUCCAGCCCAGCAGCAUCUCUCCACCCUGGGAAGGACAAGGGAGCCUCACUCUCUCUACCCUGCACCCAGACGGAGAGGUGCAUCAACCACAGAACUAUGCAAACAGACAGAAGGCCUGCGGUCGUGCGUCCUCCUCCAAACGUAAAUGCAACCAAUGACCAGCCAUCAUCGUCUGCACAGGAGGGCGAGAUGGUCAAAUUCACCAGGCACCAAUCGGCCAGGAGACAUACGGGCACAACCCUUCCACACACAAACACCUCAUGUCCAUACACACACACAGUCGUCUUGAGUGGGUCUCAGGAGACGGACAUGCGCACACACUCCGACAUUUGUCCCUUUUCAUUUUCACAGACACCCAAGGCACUCGGACCCUCUAUGCUCACUCUCUCCACACACACGCACACAAACAUCAAUGCAUCAAUGAAUCCAAAAACAUCGCAUAACAACAUACAGUCUAAUCUAGCUGGUAUCCAACCCACAUACACACAACCAAAGACUAAUCUAGCCACUAUCCAACACACAUACACACACUCAGCAUCUAAUCUUGCAGAUGUUGAACCCACAUACACACAUUCAAAGCCUAGUCUAACUAGUAUUGAGCCCACAUAUACACACUUAAAACCAGAUCUAGCCAGUAUUCAUCCGACACACACAUACUCAAAGCCUAAUCUAACUUGUAGUGAAUCCACAUAUACUCACCCAAAGCCUAAUCCAGCCAGUAUCGAACCUACAUACAUCCACUCAAAGUCUAAUCUUGCAGGUAUCGAACCCACAUACACACAUUCAAAGCCUAAUCUAGCCUGUAUUCAACCCACAUAUACACACAUAAAACCUAAUCGCGCUACUAUUAAACCUACAAACUCACUCUCUAAGCGUAACACAGACAGUGUUGAGCCCACCUGCACACACUCGAAGCCUAAUCUAUUCUGCACUGAGCCCUCAAACACACAUUCAAAAGCGUUGACUUUUAUGCAACUUCACAUAAAUGCAGACACGAAUUCACUUCAUUCUGAUCUGGCCCAGCCACACAUCCACCCUAAAACUGCCUGCAAGUCCAGCAGCACAUCAGAGCCAGAUGAGCACUCCACACCAAAGACUAGAUCCCAGACACAUAGCAGGGUGUUGCCCACAGGCCCUUUUCACACUGCUCAGUCACGGCACACAAGCACUGGCCCUCAACAUUCACCCACAAGUGCUAAAGAUCAAGGCUUUACGUGCAGUCAUCUGAAUUUAGGUGUCAAACUUCUGAGCACUUCACAUCUUAACUCAGAUGUGAAACUCUCAAGUGGAUUAGAAGCCAGGCAUAACAGUCAUUGGAAACCAUCAUUCUCCUCUCACGCAAAGCCAAAUGCAAAACAUCAAAGCCAAUCACAAAUCCAUUUUAACAUGGAUCCCAAACCCAACGCCACCUCAAACUCUAAUCACCCCCAGCCUCGAAGCUCAUCUCUGCACACACAAACACCCUCCACAGUUUGUGGCAUGUUUUUGCACAUAAACACGCACAAGGACACACAAAUGUCCUUGCAUCCAAAACUUCCUGGGCUUCCUGCACACACCAACAUGCCAGCAGAACCUCACCACACUCUCCCGCACGCUGACCCACCAACAGAACCUCACCACACUCUCCCACACGCUGACCCACCAACAGAACCUCACCACACUCUCCCGCACGCUGACCCACCAACAGAACCUCACCACAUUCUACCGCGUGCUGACCCACCAACAGAACCUCACCACACUCUCCCGCACGCUGACCUACCAACAGAACCUCACCACACUCUCCCGCACGCUGACCCACCAACAGAACCUCACCACACUCUCCCACACAGUGACCCACCAACAGAACCUCACCUCACCCUCCCACACAUCGACAUACCAAUGGAACCUCACAGCAGUUUCAAACAUACCGACAUGCCUACAGAACCUCACCGUACCCUCCCAUAUGCUAAGAUGCACUUGGAACCAGAUGGCCUGUUGAAGAGCCAAAAUGGUUCACAAUCCAACAAUCCACACAUUUCUAGCACACCCGUCCACCCGUCCAUAUAUCCCUGCACUGUUUUUCUUCCUGACCCGCAUCCUGGUACAACGGAAAACCUGUCAACCCAUAAUGACACAUUUCAUGCUCCUCUAUCAGUGGUGGAGGUUUGUCCAUUCAGUCCAGAGCCCCCUAAAGCAAGCCUUAAUCACCCAGCAGACACGUUGGACCCUCCAGCUCAUGAACAGGCUCCUCCCUUGCAGCCGGAGGCCAGCGCUAAUUUCGCAUCCAUUGCGGAGGUGCUGACUAACAGACUUUGUGGAUUGUCAGCACUGUCUGCAGGCUCUGCCAACAUGUCCGCAGCCAUGGAGACUGCAGCCUUGGAGCCAGCGACCCACGCAACAGCAGAAGGCCGAGGGACAGAACUGUUCUCUGAGCGCAAACCCCACAUGACGUCGCCAUCAUGGACGGGGCGCGCGGCACCCCAGUGGGCCACACCUCAGCCCCUCGCCAGUCCCCUGGCUCCUGGUGCACGUAACACAGCCAGUGCAUCUCACGCGCACAUCCCGUGCAGACCUCCCAUACCGUCCAGCAGCCCACCGCUGCGUCCAGCAUUUCAGUUAUUAAUGGAGGUGGCUGGAAACAGAAACCCAAGUGCCGACUGGAGGCCCGAUACGCACCUGUUUCCUUCUCAUGUCACCCCGUCCGGACCAGACAUGGUUGCUGAGCAGACGGGGAACCCCGGCAGCCCUACAGAGCAGUACAGAGAGCUGGUGACCGUCUCCCAGGACAGCCUUGUGCUAGCCAGUAGCAAGCCCAUUCCUAAUGGCCACUGUGCCGUUCUGCAUUACCACCCUCCCUCAGGGGUCCUGCUGGCACCCAUGUCUCCUGUCUGGAGCAAAGACCAGGACCCUUAUAAAAGGAUUGAGAGGGUCGAGGCCAGUCUGCAGAGCAACCAGGAGCGAAUCACAACCCUGCUCAAUAUUAUCCAGGACCUGGAGAUGAGCCACGCACUCAGUAACGGACGCCGAUGUUUCAGGACAGGCCAGGACCUCAACGACUGCUCCACCUGCCAGGAGACAGCAUGCAUCAUCUACAGCGUGGAGUAUGACUUCAGACAGCAGGAGCGGCGCUUCAGUGAGGUCCUGCAGCCUCUGGAUUCCCCAGUGAGGGAGGCGCAGGAGGACGGAAACAUGGACUCACUUGCCUUCUUCAUCUCCCUUCACCGGGACCGGACAUCACCGCAGCUUGACGUCCGCACAGAGCCCAAGGUGAAAGGGCGGGGCAAGAGUAAGAAACUGUACAGGAAGCUCCUUGGCUGGCUGCCAAGAAGAAUCCACAGGAAGUAGGUCUGUCAUGUCUGCCCCAUCCCACCCCCCACCAGCCCAAGACAUUCUGAAUGACUCCCACAUAUUUUGUUACAUUAGCGUGGUUAACUGGUAAGGUAAGAGGAUUCAUCCCCCUGAAGGUGAUUGUUUUGGCUACAGUGUGAGAGGGACAGCACAUGGCGUCCAGGUACUGAACCCACUGAAGUGGAUUUGCAUGAGGCGUUCCAUCUUACGAUUUCCAUCAUUCCACCCAAGUGGUGACAUCAUAUAGAGAGCAUGGUACUCCUUUCCACCCAGGCACACUCGGGAAGCAGGACAUAAAGACAACAGCAAGUGAUUUGGGGAUUUGCCACUUGUAUGGCUGGGAUCAGCUGUGGAGGUCAUGUUUGGACACACACAUGGACAGAGUGACCUUAUGACCCUUCGUUCUCUGUACGCUUUUAAACUCUAUAACAAUAAACCACAGAUUUAAGUGUA